CAAAAAGGCAAAAUCAAGAAUCAAAUUGUAUACACGACGGCGUGUCGUAUAGAUACAUGACGGCCGUUUUAACGGCUAUUUUGCGAGUAGUCUUCUUUUUCUCCAUAUUCUAUAAAUUUCCAAGCUCGUACAUUCACUGUCUUUUAACUCUCACUCCGCCAUCUCCCCACUGCUCUAAUUUUUUCGGACAAACACUCUGCUCUAAUGACGGUUCUUCCGACAUGGAUUUUAGCUAUGAUGUGUCUAUUCUUCUUCGUCGGAGCAAUGGAGAACAAAACACACGACAAGAUCUCAUCUCUCUCCAGAUCGGACGAAAUCGAAUGGAACAAGCACGCAGUGACGAAUCCAGAUGAAGUAGCGGACGAAGUUCUCGCAUUGGUUGACAUGAGUGCAAAAAAUCAUACCGAGAGGAGGAAGCUAGGUUACUUUACUUGCGGAACAGGCAACCCAAUCGACGAUUGCUGGCGAUGCGAUCGCAACUGGCACAAGAACCGCAAACGCCUAGCGGACUGUGGAAUCGGGUUCGGAAGAAACGCCAUCGGUGGUCGCGACGGACGUUUCUACGUAGUCACUGACCCAAGUGACCACGACGCUGUUAACCCUAGACCGGGUACAUUACGUCACGCCGUGAUCCAAGACCGACCGCUAUGGAUCGUUUUCAAACGUGAUAUGGUGAUUCAACUAAAACAAGAGCUAAUCGUCAACAGCUUCAAAACGAUAGACGGACGCGGCGCAAACGUUCACAUCGCUAACGGCGGUUGCAUAACGAUUCAGUCUGUGACGAACGUUAUCGUCCAUGGAUUGCAUAUUCAUGAUUGUAGACCGACGGGGAACGCUAUGGUGAGAAGCUCAGAGAUGCAUUUUGGGUGGAGGACGAUGGCUGAUGGUGACGCGAUUUCGAUCUUUGACUCGAGUCAUGUUUGGAUUGAUCACAACUCGUUGUCUCAUUGUGCUGAUGGGCUUGUGGAUGCAGUCAUGGGCUCGACUGCGAUUACCAUCUCUAACAAUCACAUGACUCACCACAACGAGGUUAUGUUGCUCGGACAUAGUGAUUCUUACACUAAGGAUAAAGCUAUGCAAGUUACUAUUGCUUAUAAUCAUUUUGGGGUUGGACUUAUUCAAAGGAUGCCGAGGUGCCGGCACGGUUAUUUCCAUGUUGUGAACAAUGACUACACUCACUGGGAGAUGUAUGCGAUAGGUGGAAGUGCAAACCCUACAAUCAACAGUCAGGGAAACCGCUAUGCUGCCCCUAAAAAUCCUUUUGCUAAAGAGGUGACAAAGAGAGUGGACACACCGGCGAGUCAUUGGAAAGGAUGGAACUGGAGAUCUGAAGGAGAUUUGCUUCAGAACGGUGCUUACUUUACUAUUUCAGGAGCCACUGCAUCUGGUGGCUACGCACGUGCCUCUAGCCUCGCUGCUAAAUCUUCUUCAUUGGUUGCAACCAUUACUUCCGACGCUGGAGCUCUGCCUUGUCGUAGAGGACGUCAAUGUUCCUCAUAGUUGUUUUUAACCUCCUCCCAACAUACCAUUACCCCCAAAAAUUUUAAACCAUCUCCCAUUAUAUUCAGACCAAAGUGUGCAUUCUCACACAUUUGUCAUUUAAAAACCAAUUCUCUUUUUUUUUUUAGGUGUGUGUGUGUUGUGUCGAUUUUUCUCAACCUUGGGGUUGCUUGCUUCAACUGCAAGCCAACCUUCCAUGUUAAAUAGAAACUCCCCAAGUGUUGCUGGUUCUGUCUGAUCAACUCAGAUUGUUCUUCGUUUGUCUCUGUCAUCUGCCUAGGAUAAAAACAAGAAUAUUAUGUCUUGUUUUUUAUUUAUUCUGUGUAUUCUUCAUGUUUAUAAUUUAAUAUAAGGUCUGGUUGAUUGUGAAUUUUCUACUUUUUUUGUGUGUGUUUUUGCUUGCUAGAUUUGUUAGCUUUACUUUCCCAUGGUUGCAAUCACUCUUCAUUCUAAUUCAAAC